UUUCAACUUUGUGUGAGUACCACAGCUUCAAAAGACUACCGUUUUCGCAGCUGAGUAGUCACUAUCAAUACUAGAGAUCGGUGGCAUCUUGGUGUCUACUCAAACCCAUAUUACUAAUUUCUUAGUAGAACGAUUCAUCGGAUAAAAGUGAAUGAUCGAGUGCAUUUGAAGUGGUAUCAAUGUCAAGACAAGAUCACAGGUGAUCCUAAUGAUUGCCAACCUAUAAUUUUAAGCAAAUGAUCUUCAAUUCUUCACCUCCAGUGAGACGAUAUAACAAACUCGCUUUCAGUUUGUUCCAGUUAGUUCAUAUUGGACUUUUGAAAGUGAACAUCCUGAAAUCUGUCUUCAAUGUGAAAAUUUCAAAAUGUUUUCAAUACUGUUAACACUACUCAUAGUGCUGUGCUUAGUGAAAUUUGUUAAAUUUAGAAGAAGCAUCGCUUUUACCAAAAGCAUACCUUCAGUGGAGCCAGUUUAUCCGAUCCUAGGGAAUGCUCUGAUGUUCAUAGGAAAAAGUGGCGAACAACUGUUCGAAAACUUCGCUAAAAUUCUCAGCUGUCCGGCCAAGCUAUUCCAGAUGAGGAUGGGAAUGUUGCCGAUGAUUUGCACCAAUGAUCCGGAUGUAGCGCAGAAAAUCCUGAACCAGUGCUUCCAGAAGCCGUUCAUCUAUGAUUUUUUCAAGCUCGAAUAUGGGCUGUUUUCGUCUCGCCCCCACAUUUGGAAGAAUCAACGGAAGCUAUUGAAUCCAACAUUUAACCAAAAGAUACUGAACGGUUUUCUACCGAUUUUCGAUAGUUGUUCAAGAAACUUAGUGACAAUGUUGCAGUCAUGCAAGGAAGGCGAACCGGUGAAGAUAACUGACUACACAUUGCGGUGUGCUCUAGAGAUGGUCUGCGGCACUACCUUCGGAGUGGAUAUCAACAAGGAUCCGAGUGCUUUUCAGUUGACUGAGCUGAUUAAUGGAAUUUUCCAUUUGGCCUCCAUACGAAUUCUCAAGAUGCAUUUGUUCUGGGAGAGAUUGUAUCGUUGGACGAGCGGUUACCGUAAAGAUGUCGAACUACGCAAAGAAGCCUACUUCCAUGCCAAUAAGAUAAUCCAAAAAGCGAUGGUGCGCCGCAAGGAAGAAGCCCUUUCCCUUGAAACCAGUGACACUGAGUGCGACGGCUAUCGGAAGCCACAGAUAUUUGUGGACCAGUUGCUCGACCAACAGGAAAGAAAUAACUUCUCGGAAAUUGAAAUUCUACACAACGUCUACACAAUGCUCGUUGCGGGCAGUGACACAUCCGGCAACGAGAUUGGUUACAUUUCUCUGAUGCUGGCUUUCCAUCCGGAGCUGCAGGAAAAAGUUUACCGGGAAACCAUGGAAGUCUUUCCGGGUGAGAUCGAGGUCAGCAUGGAAAAUCUGCGCCAGUUGGAGUACAUGGAAAUGUUCAUAAAGGAGUGCUUGCGGUUGCUUCCGAUCGGACCGCACAUUAUGCGCAUGACUACUUCUGAUACGGAGCUGGAAGGGAUAACGAUUCCGGAAGGGACCAUUUUGGUAGUCAGUAUUUACAAUAUGCACCGCCGAAAGGACAUCUGGGGACCCAAUGCGGAUAAGUUCGAUCCGGAAAACUUCUCACCCGAGCGGAGCGAAGGUCGACAUCCUUUUGCAUUUAUUCCAUUCAGUAGCGGAAAUCGUAACUGCAUCGGGUCACGAUACGCUAUGUACAGCAUGAAGAUCAUUUUGGUACAUUUGUUGCGACAUUUUAGACUGGUAACGCAAGGACGCUUUGAAAAUAUGCGGUUUCAGUUUGAAGCUUUGUUGAAGAUGAUAGAUGAACCGAAGAUAAUGUUGGAGCGGCGACAGUUCACCCCGUUUGAACAGUUCCGUCCCAUGAGUAGCAACGAAAUGAUUUUACUCCUCGCCGUUCUUCUCACCAUAUUACUGUUGUUUAAACAUCGCAAAAAUCAUCAAUUUGCUAGAGAUCUUCCGACCAUCACUCCUUGCUAUCCGCUAAUCGGAAAUGGAUUGAUGUUCGUUGGCAAAACUCCCGAGCAGAUAUUUGAAAACUUCAUCCGCGGAUUUCUGCAAACGGAUCGCCUUUUCAAGCUGUGGUUCGGUCCCAAGCUCACACUUGGCACAAGUCAUCCUGAGUUGGUGCAAAAAAUCGUUAAUCACCCGGACUGCAUCGAACGGCCACUGUUUUUCUACAAACAACUUCGAAUGACUCGAGGACUACUGGUGGCACGGCAUGAACUUUGGAAGUCCCAGCGCAAAGCGCUGAAUUCGACCUUCAACUUGAGAAUAUUACACAGCUUCAUUCCAAUCUUCGAGGAGUGUAGCAGGAAGUUGGUAGUUCGGUUGAAUCAAACGAACCUUUCACAGCCGAUCAACAUUGCGCGAUUUGUUUCGCACUGUACGCUGGAGAUGGUUUGCGGCACAACGCUGGGGAUGGAGCACCUGCAGCAAGAAUCCGGAAGCCGAUUCCUACAUCACAUCGAACGAGUGAUGGACAUCAUGGGGGAACGCAUCUUGAGUAUUCCCAUGCAAAUUACGGCCCUGUAUGUGUUCACUCCGACCUUUUGGCGAGAAAUGCAUUCUUUGAUGAUCAAUCGAAGAUACGCUGCCGAGAUUAUCGAAAAAGGGCGUCAAAAGUUAAAAGCAAACGAUCAGAACAAUGCGAUCGAUGAAGAUCAAGAUGGUUACAGAAAACCACAGAUUUUUCUGGAUCAAAUUUUGUCCAUAGAUCGAGCAGGGAAGGCCUUUGAUGAUGAGGAAAUUCAACACAAUGUUCGAACCAUGAUAGCCGCUGGGAACGACACGUCUGCGCUGGCUAUAUCUCAUUGCUGUCUGUGGUUAGCCAUGUAUCCGGAAAUCCAGGAACGUGUUUAUAUCGAAAUCAUCGAACACUUCCCUUCUUUUGAGUCGGAAAUCACCCCGGAAGCACUCAAGAAGCUUAUCUACACAGAGAUGUGCAUCAAGGAAACCCUUCGGCUGACUGGACCGGCUCCCAAUAUUGCACGCGAAACAUUGGCAGACAUUGAGCUUGACGGGUUGGCUGUUCCCAAGGGUACCGUUGUUAUUAUGAGUUUGUAUGCGCUUCAUCGAAGGCCGGACAUUUGGGGUCCUAAUGCGGAACACUUCAAUCCGGACCAUUUCAGUGAGACUGCGUGUCGGGAUCGUCCUGCGGGAGUUUUCAUCCCAUUCAGCACCGGACCAAGAGAUUGCAUAGGAGGACGGUAUGCCAUGAUUAGUAUGAAAAUUUUGAUAAUCUACAUUUUGCGCAAUUUCAAAUUAACAACUGAACUGAUGCCAGAGCAAUUACAGUACAAGUUUGGUCCAACGUUAAAGUUAUCGUGCGAUCAUACGAUUCGGUUGAAGAAACGAGAAAUAAUAUUCACUACAAUCUAUCAUCAAGGCCAGUACGGGAUCGGUCGUGCCACCACCAAGAUGGAUUUGUUUCCACUGCUACUGGCUGUCCCAUUGUCCAUCGCGUUCCUCACGUUGGUCUACGUGCGCGUUCUUCAGUACAUAAACCGUUUCGCGGACGGUGUCCCGUUUGCUGGAAUCUCCCGCUAUCCACUGUUUAUUAACGACUGGAAGCUGCUGCGUGCCUCACCGGAGCGAAAGUUUGAAAUACUGAGGGAAACGUUCGCCCAGCAUGAUCGAUUGUUCAGGGUGUGGCUGGGACCCCGGAUGGCAUUCGGGACGUGCCAUCCGGAUGUGGUGCAAGCGAUUUUAACCCAUCCGGAGUGCGUGGAGAAACCAUUUUUCUACAGAUUUGCGAGGUUGGACCAUGGCUUACUGGUGGCUAAAGCUCCUCUUUGGAGACGUCAACGGAAACAGCUGAAUCCGACCUUCAACCUUCGAAUACUGACGAGUUUUGUUCCCAUUUUCGAAAAUUGCUGUCGCCAGCUGGUGAACGAUUUGAAGCCAUUUAUCAACGGCGAGCGCUUCAAUGCUCUCCAUUUCACGACCCGCUGUACUUUGGAUAUGAUUCUCAAAACUAGUUUGGACACGGAAAGUCUGCCUGUUGGGGAGAGUGAUAAUUUGGUGACGCAUGUGAAAAGAUUUCUUUCGAUUUCUACUAAUCGAGUGUUGAAUUUGCAUCAUUACUGGGAGCCAGUCUAUCGCUUGACCAAGAACUAUAUCAUGGAGUCAGAGUCACUAAGCGUUUUUGUUGGUGUUACACGGAAGAUAUUGAGAGCCAAAAAGAAGCAGCUGACGGAGGCACCCCGCGAAGAAACUGACGAAUACAAAAAGCCACGAAUCUAUAUGGACCAGCUUCUGAAAUUGUCGGAUUCAAUGAGCGAGAAGGAGAUAAUUCACAACGUUUGCACGAUGGUAGCUGCGGGCAAUGACACAUCCGGUCAGUUGAUGGCAUACGCCUGCCUGUUCCUCGGAAUGUACCCAGAUGUGCAGGAGAAAGUCUACUCAGAAAUUGCGGAGCACAUUCACUCGAUGCAGCAUGAGUCCGUAUCUCCGGAGGUGCUCAAACGUCUAACCUAUACGGAAAUGUUCCUUCACGAAUGUUUACGUCUAUGCCCGAUCGGUCCGAACAUAGCGCGACUCAACAUGACUCCGAUCGAGUUGGAAGGAAUCAAAAUUCCAGCGGGUCAUAUCCUGUUCAUAUCGUUUUUCUCCCUGCAUCGCCGGAAAGACAUUUGGGGACCGGAUGCGGAGCAGUUCAAUCCAGAGCGCUUCUUGCCGGAGAGGUCAGUCGGACGACAUCCGUACGCGUACCUGCCCUUCAGCGGAGGUUCUCGGAACUGCAUCGGUUGGCGCUACGCCAUGAUCAGUAUGAAGCUGAUGUUGAUAUAUCUGCUGCGAGAAUACCGACUCCGAACGGACUUGAAACUGUCGGAUUUGAAAUUCAAGUUCGAUAUGAUGCUGGUGUUGACUUUCAAGCACUGGUUGCAAAUUGAAAAGAGAUAAAUUAUCUGACCGGUAAUCAAACGUGAAGGUUAUAAAUCUAUAGCUUUUUCGUUGAUAAUUGACAGUAUUUUAUUGUUACCAUUCCCUAGUUUAGUACAUGAAAAAGUGAUUAAUGUUCCCUAGAAUUAUUUAUUUUUGCGUUUUUCGUUCUACAAGACCCCUCUUCACUCUGGAAGUGAACUCCAGUUUUUUUAUUAUUCAUUAUAAAGUCUCUGACAAUAAACUGCAAAUGCACGGCUUGGAGAAUUAAUUUCAGAGAUUAUUUCGUUUUUGCGAGAUUUAACGAAUGUGCAAAGUAGGAAUAACACAAAGUUUGGAAUUAAAUAAAAUUACAUUAAAAUUAAAUGACAUC